CACAAUUAUUAUCACAAAAAUUUACCCUCAUGCAGCCAAGGACGAAAUGGAGAGGAUCAAUUUUCUAGUUGCAUUAACUUUUCUUGCAACUCUGCAAUUCCUACUAUUUCCCAUCUCUAAUGCUCAAACAAAAGGAAGAAUGGCGACGGUGCUAAGCAUCGACGGAGGCGGCGUUAGAGGCAUCAUUCCAGGCACAAUUCUGGGCAACCUCGAAGCCAAACUCCAGGAAUUAGAUGGCCCGGAUGCAAGAAUUGCAGAUUAUUUCGAUGUGAUUGCCGGAACGAGCACCGGCGGGUUGGUCGCCACCAUGCUCGCGGCGCCAGGUGCCAACAAUCGGCCUAUGUAUGCUGCCAAGGAUCUUACCUCAUUCUACAUAGAGCACUCUCCCAAAAUCUUUCCCGAGAGCAGUCGGAACGCGUUCGGUGCGUCGCUUACAGGGUUGUUCGGCGGUCCAAAGUACGAUGGAGAGUACCUAAAACAGUUGGUGGAAGGACUCUUAGGCAAUCACACCCUCAACCAAACCCUAACAAAUUUGGUCAUUCCCUCAUUUGAUCUCAAGCGCCUCCAACCUGUUAUCUUCACCACAAAAGAUGUAGAUGGAAACCAAAUUCUUCCAACGACAGUUCGACUAUCCGACGUCUGCCUCAGCACCUCCGCAGCUCCAACUUACUUCCCACCGCAUUAUUUCGAGGCUAAAGGCGCCAAUGAAACGGUGCAUUCCUUCAAUCUCAUCGACGGAGGUGUCGCCGCCAAUAACCCUACCUUGACGGCGUUAACGCACGUGUCGAAACAAUUGAUACUGGGGAAGUUGAAGGGGUUGGACGUAAGGGCAGGGGAGAGCAACAAGAUGCUGGUGGUGUCGUUGGGAUCGGGAGUCGCCAAACAGGAAGAGAAGUAUAAUGCUAAAGAUGCCGCUGCGUGGGGGUCCCUUAGCUGGUUAUACAACAACGGAGCCACGCCGCUCAUCGACGUCUACGCAGAUGCCGGCGCCGACAUGGUCGAUUUUCAUGUCUCCACCAUUUUCAAGUCCUUUGCCAACGACCAAAAUUACCUGCGCAUCCAGGAGGAUAACUUGGCGGGAGAUGCAUCUUCGGUUGACAUUUCGACAACAAAGAAUAUGCAAACGCUGAUGCAGAUUGGCCAAGACCUGCUGAAGAAGCCGGUUUCUAGUGUGGAUUUGGAGACGGGUAGAUCAGUGCCAGUUCCGGGCAGUGGCACCAAUGAACAAGCGUUAGCAAGGUUCGCAAAGCAGCUAUCUGAUGAAAGGAAGUUCCGCCAAAAUAAAUGAAUUUAUAUAUUACAUCGUUUACUAUUUUUAUUGUAAAAGUGUGUUCAGUGUUCACACAAUAUAUUCUUAUGUAUUUUAAUUCAAAUAUAGUUAUUAAUUCAAUAUAUUCACUUACUUGGUUUUA